AUGAUUUUAUUUCAGAGUUUACCUUUCUUAGAAUACGAAGUUCAUAACCAGCUAAUCAACAAACUCAAGGUAAGUAAACUUAAAAUCUCCUUAUCUCCCCUGAUAAUUAUUUUCUUUCUGCACCUCCUAAUAAUCACUUUUCUUCACCUGGUUACAAUCUCUCCCAAAAAUAAUCUUCUUUCUGCUUUGACAAUAAUCUCCUUUACACUCCAGACUGUCAAUUUCUUUGGAUAUUGUGUGUCUACUGAAUGCAGAAGUUCGUGCCUGUGGGUAAAUGUCUUUUUUAUACUGAUGGGAUCAUUGAUCUUUCAUUUAGUUUACACAAGUCAGUAAAAUAUUUUCAAUGAAUUUUCCUCAGAUUAGAGGACUCAACUGCUUGUUUGGACUGAGAAUACAAAUCUGCUUAGGAGAAAAUAUGCUUGUGGCAGUGGCAGUAAGUAGUUCUCUGUCAUUUUGUAUGUUUGUUAUCUUUUAAUAUUAAAAUAUAUAUUUAGAGCAUACAUUAUUAUAGUUUUGGAAUACUAUGAUUUCACUGAAAAUACUGAAAUACAAAUGGUAUUUUUUAAAUUACUUUUUUCUUUUUUUUUGUAAAUCUGUUUUAAAAUAAAAAAUUCCACCAUCUUUUUUCAAUUUUAAAUGCAAUUGAUAAAAUUAUUUCAUAUGUAUUAUAUUUAUAUAUCAAAUGAUGUCUUUGAAAAGAUGUACAUAAACUUAAUGAAUAUGUACUGAUCUUUAUAAUCUAUGUCAAAUUUAAUCUCACCCAUUAUAAUCACUCUCCUGUGUAUCAGACGGCAACAGGUGCUUACCUUGGGCCACUGCCUGCUCCUCCUCAGCCAAAAAUUUCCACAGAGGUCAGUCAAUCCACCCCAUCUUUUACUAAUACAGAUUUUUGGUCCCCCCCUCCCCCCAUCCCCCACAUUUAACUGUAAGAGCAGGAGUCAACAAACAACAUCAAGACAUACAAUUUUUCCAUAACACCAAAAAAUAGCCAGUCCUGGCAGCCCCAUCAAUCGCAUCAUCUUUAACCCUGCCAAUGUCGGCUCACACUUUCUUAAUAAAUCACUGUAAUGCUUGCACGUCAUUUAUACUCUCAUUCUAUGACUAUGACUACAUAUCCUCUGUAUGUUAAUUCAGUUUGACGUAUUUCUUCUUGCAAGGUUUUACAGAUACACAACAAAAGGGAAAUAAUUCCUAUCCUUUCCUAUGAUUAAGAAUUAAUUUAUUUUUUUAUUUUUUUUAAACAUUUUUCCAACAUAAAGUAGGGUAGCCAUGUUUCUAGAAUAUUGUCAGAUUUUAAAAAACUUUGUUCAAAACACUUAGGUUGCCACUGCUCAAGAAAGUCAAGACCUCAUGAAGUUACAGACAAGAAUCAACCGGACAGUCCACAUGCACAGAGACAGACUCAGCAGUGAGAUAGUGGUGAGUUUAUCAUCCAUGCUUCUUGUUUUUACCUACAUUUUCUGUGUCUCUCUGUAUUUCAUGAUGUGUGUAGCACUGGUUACUCUUGCAAUUUCGGGGUACAUUGUGCGUUUAAGAGACUGAUUUGAAAAGAUGUAUUUUUGUAGUUUUUACGAUUAAAAAAAUAUAUAUAAACUUUCGGUUCUUAGUUUUAGCUCCUCUUUACAUCUGGUGGUGAAUGGCCCGAAAAUUAUGAUGGGUUGGAGACCAUCGAUAAUUAUUUAACGUACGCACUGAGAGGGGAAAGGCAAUUAAGGGUACAUUUUUAUUUUCAAAUAAGCACUGUAUGUAAAUAUGUAAACAUCAAUCGCCUACUUUUGGAAAAACCUUUUUCUAGACAUGAUAUGCGAAUAGUUAUUGUAUAAAAUAUAAUGUAUGUAUAUUUAUUUACUAUUACGCUACUGAAUUGUUCUAUUUUGAGAUUAUAAAGUGUAUUCUGAGACAAUAUUGAACCUUAUUGGGAGUUCUAGGGUAAUUAAGUCUGUGAGUGUAUUCUUCGACCAGUAGAAACAAAGCCUUGCCAACUGUACAGGCUGAGAAAGUGCUUUGAAUGGAAUAUUAAAUAGACCAAACUAGUGGUUCCCAAACUGAGUUAAAAAUUAUGUGUAUUUAUUCUAAACAAGAGGCUCAUAAAAUGUAAGGAUUUACAACCCAAAGUUGAUUUGUGCCCACUUAAAAAUACACUAUGGCAAUAGAAGCACCCUUAACAUUUUUCACAAUAGUGGUAUUGCCCUGAGAUAAAGGCUUGUCUCGGGGUACCUAUUUUUAAAGUCUUUAACUAUGCAAUACAAAGUAGAUGGAUUCUAAUUUAGUCAUUGUUGUAACUAAAGGAGUUCAUUGAUGGCUGAUUACUAUGCCAGAGAAAUAAUUCAGAUGUCUUGUGUCUAAAUUCUUAUAAUUGUUAAAUGUACAGUGUAAAAAAAAAAACACUUCCAGUUAUGUGGAUCAAUAUAAAAGAAUUUCAUCUCAUCCUAUGACUACAACAAAAACUAAUCAUGUUCUUGCUUUUUUUCCCCUCUCAUCUCAAGGAUCGUCAAAAUGAACACAGCCCUCACAGCACCAACCCAGAUGAAGAAAAGGAAGACCAAGAAGACAAUGGGAAUUUUUUCUUAGAGGCAACCAAGGAUAAAAACACAUUUGUUCUGGUGGUAGGUGCUGUUGUUGUUUUUUUUUUAAGUUUUACCCUUGAGGCACAUUAGGCAAAUUGAAGGUUCCAGUACAUUGUAUAAACCAAAAGUCUUUUCAAUGCUAAUUCUUUUAUAUUGCUAGAAUUAAAGACACAAUGAGCUGAGAAUUGUUGAUUGAGCAAUCAUUAAUUCAAUCAACAAAUUUGAUUUUAAAAAAAUCGUAUAUACCAUUGAAUUAAUGAUUGCUCCUUAAAAUUAUUAAAUUUUAACACAAUAAAUCAGUGAAAACCCAAGUCAAAAGAAACCACCUAAAAAAAAAAAAGGCUGAUGCAGAUGAAAAUGUUUUGUUAAUUUAUUGUUUCAAGACAAGACUAUGAAAUAAGUCAUGUGAUUUUUUAAAAAGAUAUUGAGAAGCAGGGAGGUCAUGUGGUGUAUUCAAUAUUUUAACAAUUACUUAUUACCUAAACUGAAUCAAUCUUGAGUGGUGAGACCAACAGAUCAACACAAAUGAGGGCCAAAACUAAAUCAGUGUAGUCACAGUCACAAUUGUUUUUAGGGGAAAUAUAAAAACGCUUUGUCAUGAAUAAUAUUAUUUCUGAGUGCAAAACCAGAAUUAAUUUUUAACUUUGGUGUGAUGGUUUCACCCCAUGACACCACAAUGUCUUCUUUCCCAACAUCACUUCCACCUCACUAUCAACAUGUCACAACUAAAUUUAAUGUGAGUGUAACAUGGAUUUGCCAGUGUUGUGUAUAGCAUCUCAUGAAAGUAACUCAUUGAUGCAACAGUAUUGAGCAGUGUCUUAUGUUUGUAACAGAUGAAUGUAAUAGUGUCUCGUGUUUGUAGCACAUCUGUGUACCAGUGUCUCAUGUUUGUAACAGAUGAAUGUAAUAGUGUCUUGUGUCUCUAGCACAUCAAUGUACCAGUGUCUCGUGUUUGUAACACAUCAAUGUACCAGUGUCUCAUGUUUAUAACACAUCAGUGUACCUGUGUCAUGUACAGUGUGUCAUGCUUGUAAAACAUCAAUGUACUAGAGUUGUGUACAGUGUGUCAUGUUUGUAAACAUCAAUGUACCAGUAUUGUGUCCAGUGUCUCAUGUGUACCCUGUAUCAUGUUUAUAACACAUCAAUGUACAAGUGUUGUGUACAGUGGCUUAUGUUUGUACCACAUGAAUGUACCAAAUUUCUCAUGUUUGUAACACAUCAAUGUACCCGUGUUGUCUUCUACCUCUGCAGAUUGAUGAUCUCAAAGAUGAAGCGGUGGCCAUGAUCCUUCACGAUGUCAUUCCUCCUGAAGGUUUUGACAUCUGCAACACCCUCAUUCCUACCGGCAUACCAGCUGAACGUGUCAGUGGUAAUUUACAGGUAAGAAGACUACACUCGCUAAGGGAGAAAAUAGAAUUUGAAAUAUAUAUAACUUAUUUUAUAAAAAUCCCAUUUUUCAUAAUUUUUUUUCUCCCAAUAAAAUUGUAUUCGCUACACAUGAUGAUGGAAUACUUUUAUGAUGAUAAUGAUUGAAAACUUUUAUAGCGCUUGUGUCCAUGCUACUUUAGCAUGCUCACAGUGCUCUGAUGUUCUAAAAUCCAUUUAAAGAAAAAAGAUUAUAUUAUAUUAAUUUAAAUUUCCCCCAAUGAUUGAGGCAAACUGUUCCAUAAUUUAGGAGCUCUAGCUUCAAAAGAGCACACUCCGUAUGACUUCUUUCUGUGUCCAUCCACACUGGCAACUCUCAGUAAGGACUGUGUUGAAGAGCGCAGGUUCUGUAGGGAUACAUGUUAGAAAUCAGUUUUUGAAGAUAUUCCGGUCCCAUUAUUUCCACUCCGUCUCAUUUAAUCAGUGAUGCCAAUAUUGCAAUGACCAUUCACAUUGUUGAUGUGUUUUGUUGAGUAGAUUACAUAAAUGCUGCGGCUCCAGUUUUUUAAGGACCACUUCUCUACUGAUUGUAAAUUUUGCUGCACUUCUAUACCUCUAUUAUCCUGUUCAGCCCCCAGAUCGAGGCAUACUAUCAUGCAUAAUGUGAUCCAAAUAUAAUAUGAACCCCUAAAUUUUUUUAUUUAAAAGAGCCCUUAAAUACCAUGUCCAUAUACAGUGUGAUCUGUGAAGAAAUGUCCAGAAUGAUAUGAUACGAAUUAAUGAAAUAAAUAUACAUUUUUACUAAAAAUGUCAAAAUUCUUUCAAUUAUAAUAAUAGGAUAGUUUCUUUGAUUUCAGAUGUUUACACAAAAUGUUCUUGUGAGAUAUCAACCUACGGUCAAUAAUAAUUUAGAGUUCUCUGAUAUUUUCAACAAUAU